UUUAUUUUAAAUAUCACAAAACUAAAAAUGUUAAUUCAAAAAAAGAAAAGAAAAGACAAAAAAAAGUUUUAAUCAAGUGUAUUCCAUAUAAAUCGACAUACAAAAAACUAUCAUAGUAAUUAAUUAUUAUUAUAUUUAUUCGAAAUUGUACUUGUCUACCGCAUUGUGUUACCGUCAUUGCGGUGAACGGCGCGAAAAAGUGCGCGUAACUUCGAUCGACCUUCGGUUUAUGUUUAAAACCAUAGGGCUCUUCCGGUUGUAGGACCAAAAAAAAGAAAACUAUUCACGGAAACGGGAAGAUAUAAAAAGCCAUUACCAAGAAGAAAAAAAAUAAAAGGACUAAUUCUAUCAAGGAUCUUUCUCAACGAUAUAACCUACUACCAACUACUACCAACUACGAUCAAGAGGAAAAACAAGCCAGUUCCCGCUUAUUUUUUCUUUCUUCUUUUGUCGCUGAUAUUUCACUAUCCAAUCGAGAAUCAUCAUGAAAACUCUCUUAAUCCUGGUUGGACUCCUACUCGAAAUACAUCUUCAUUUCACAGAGAGUCAUGCGAAGCAUCAACAAGAAUCGAGUUCUAAGAAUGUAGUCGAACCAUUAAAUGGUUUCGAAGGUAAAGGAGAAGAUGUUCUCGAGGGACCAAUCAGUGAAGUCGUUGCUCAAAGCGGAGGCAAGGCAACCUUACCUUGCAAAAUCACCGAUCCUGGAGCUGGAACGAUCACGUGGUUGAGGCGAAAGGACAGACAAUUAUUGACUGUUGGCACUAACAGGCAUUCGGUCGAUACUCGUUUUGCCGUACGUCAUACGAAUACUGAUUGGGCACUUCAAAUACAAAUGGUCACUCCUGGAGACGAAGGGAUUUACGAAUGUCAGGUAACGUCACAUCCCAUACAACGUAGUUUCAUACGCCUGAAAAUCACAGAGGCGUAUUCGAUAAUACCGGGUGCACCAGAUUUACACGUGAAACAGGGCUCCAGUUUGCGCUUGGAGUGCCAACUUAUAGCAGCUACGGAGUUGCCCCAGUACGUGUUCUGGUAUCGUCAAGGGCGCAUGAUAAACUACGACGCCGAGCCUGGUGUUAAAGUUGAUCUUACGAAGAGUGGCUCCAUUUUGAUGGUAAACAAAACGAAGCCGACGCACGGUGGUAACUACACGUGCAAGGCGAGUAACGCGAAACCGGCAUACGUCAUGGUUCAUGUCAUCGAAGAAGAGGAAAAGCCAGCAGCAAUGCACGGUGGCGACAGGAGGAACCUCAGUCCAGCAGUUUUGGCGAGCAACUUUCUGGUAUCCCUACUUGCAGCCGUCAGCUGGAGGAUACCGAAUUUCACGAACCUCUACCCGACGUGAAUCAUCGGCUACGAAGUUUUGCCGGCCAGGAACACUGGCACCAAUAACUCGUUUCGCGGUGACGGCCAUAUUUGUCUAUCAAAUCCGCAUGACCCAUCCCCGUUAAUAAAAUCCAACACGAAAACGCAUCAUCAUACUCUAACAUCGGAUUUUUAGAGCGCGUUGCGUCGAUAUGAUUAAACCAGUUCUUCUCUAAAUCACACACAAAUAUAGACACACACAUGAGAACAAA